AUGUUGGGAUUUUUGAAGCGCCCUGUGGUGGUGAAGGCUGACAUCAAUUUGAACGUUGUGGUUCUGACUGCAGUGGCCUUACUGAGCCGCCUGUGGCAGCUUGCCUAUCCAAGGGCUGUGGUUUUUGAUGAAGUAUAUUAUGGGCAGUACAUCUCUUUCUACAUGAAGCGGAUCUUCUUUCUGGAUGGCAGUGGACCACCAUUUGGCCACAUGCUGCUGGCCUUAGGAGGUUAUUUAGGAGGAUUCGAUGGUAACUUUUUGUGGAACAGAAUCGGAGCAGAAUACAGCAGCAACGUGCCCGUGUGGUCUUUGCGCCUGCUGCCGGCCCUCACCGGGGCCCUUCUGGUGCCCAUGGCCUACCAGAUCCUGCUGGAGCUCGGCUUUUCUCAUUGCGCCGCCACGGGGGCCGCUCUGCUGAUGCUUAUCGAGAAUGCCCUCAUCACUCAGUCAAGGCUCAUGCUUUUGGAGUCAGUGUUAAUAUUUUUUAAUCUGUUGGCGGUGCUGUCCUAUCUGAAGUUCUCCAACUCCCAAAAACAGAGGCCCUUCUCUCUGAGCUGGUGGUUUUGGCUGACGCUGACGGGAGUGGCCUGCUCCUGCGCCGUGGGUGUCAAAUACGUGGGUGUUUGCACGUACCUACUGGUGCUCACCGUCGCCGGCGUCCAUGCCUGGCACCUGAUCGGAGACCGGACUCUGUCACACGUCCGUGUGCUCUGUCACCUGCUUGCCCGAGCGGCAGCGCUGCUGGUCGUCCCGGCCCUCAUGUACUUGCUGUUCUUCUACGUCCACUUGAUUCUGGUCUACCGCUCCGGGCCCCACGAUCAGAUCAUGUCCAGUGCUUUCCAAGCCAGCCUGGAGGGAGGGCUUGCUCGGAUCACGCAGGGCCAGCCCCUGGAGGUGGCCUUCGGCUCCCAGGUCACUCUGAAGAACGUCUUUGGCAAACCCGUGCCCUGCUGGCUUCAUUCCCACCAGAGCACCUACCCCAUGAUAUAUGAGAAUGGCCGAGGCAGCUCGCACCAGCAGCAGGUGACCUGUUACCCCUUCAAAGACGUCAACAACUGGUGGAUCGUGAAGGAUCCCGGGAGGCAUCAGCUGGUGGUGAGUAACCCCCCGAGGCCCGUGCGGCAUGGGGACGUGGUGCAGCUGGUGCACGGCAUGACCACCCGCUUCCUCAACACGCACGAUGUGGCUGCGCCCCUGAGCCCCCACUCACAGGAGGUCUCCUGCUACGUCGACUACAACAUCUCCAUGCCCUCCCAGAACCUCUGGAGACUGGACAUCGUAAACCGAGAAUCCGACACGGAGGUUUGGAAGACCAUCUUGUCAGAGGUUCGCCUGGUGCACGUGAACACCUCCGCGGUCCUGAAGCUGAGUGGGGCCCACCUCCCGGACUGGGGGUUCCGGCAGCUGGAGGUCGUUGGGGAGAAGCUGUCCCGCGGCUACCACGAGAGCAUGGUGUGGAACGUGGAGGAACACCGGUACGGCAAAAGCCAGGAGCAGAAGGAGAGGGAGCUCGAGCUGCACUCACCCGCACAGAUGGACGUCAGCAGAAACCUGAGCUUCAUGGCCAGGUUCCUGGAGCUGCAGUGGAGGAUGCUGACGGUGAGGAGCGACGACUCGGAGCACAAGUACAGCUCCUCGCCACUGGACUGGAUCACCCUGGACACCAGCAUCGCCUACUGGCUGCACCCCAGGACCAGUGCUCAGAUCCACCUGCUUGGGAACGCCGUGAUCUGGGCCUCGGCCGGCCUCGCCACGCUGGUCUACGCUCUGCUCUUCCUGUGGUACUUGCUUAGACGGCGAAGGGGUAUCCGUGACCUCCCUGAGGAUUCCUGGUUGCGCUGGGUGCUGGCCGGGGCCCUGUGCGCUGGCGGCUGGGCCGUGAACUACGUCCCGUUCUUCAUGAUGGAGAAGACGCUCUUCCUCUACCACUACCUCCCGGCGCUCGCCUUCCAGAUCCUCCUGCUCCCGGCGGUCUUGCAGCACGUCGGCGACCGCCUGUGCAGGUCCCCGCUCCUGAGGAGCCUCUUCAGCGGCCUGGUCGUGGCCUGGUACUCCUGCGCCUGUCACGUGUUCAAUACGCUGCGCCCGCUCACCUACGGGGACAGGUCACUCUCGCCCAGCGAACUCAAAGCCCUUCGCUGGAAAGACAGCUGGGACAUCUUGAUCCGAAAAUACUAACAGGACACACACAGUGAACGUCUGGGCCGGGGUCAGGGCAGGAAGAGCGGUCAUCUUGAACCGUGUUUGUCCUUGACA